UACAUAUGUGUUUGUAGUCGUCGUUAACGUCAAAACUUCUACCAGUGGGAUGGUCGGUACGAAUAUUUCAUACUCAAAUUUUUUUAAGGGUAGCUAUUGUACUAUUGACUAAUUGUUCUGUUUAAAUAAAGUGUUAUCGACAAUAUAAAAACAAUUGGAGAUGUAGAAGUAUGAUGAGACUCAGGUUUUGCUGAAGUCAAUAAAAGCACCGCGCCUCGGGUUGGCGGCGGCAGCGUUGUGUAUAUACUGCCAUGAAAAUGCGACAAAUGCCAAAGGAUAUACUAAAUAUAGUAGACGUUUCCUGGAAAUUUAAUAUAAGGUGUGCAAUAAAUGGCGAAUUGUGUGGCGAAUAGAAUUAUUGGUAUAUCUUAAAAUAUUCCUUAUCAAAAUGAAUCAAGUGUGCGACUCGAAGAAAGUAAUAUGUACGAGUACAUCACAUAAUUUACAACCACUCCUUCUGAAAUGUAUGAUUUUAUAUGACUACAGGAAUCGUGCGUCAAUGCAUAACUAUAAGAUCAACGCAUCUUCAAUAAACGUUCAAUUGCAAUAACUUGGGUGUACAUUUCGAAUUGAAAAGAGUUAUCAGUUCUAAUAUGCAAGCAAAAAAGCGUUAUAUUCUGGUAUUUGUGUCAUGUGCAUUUCUCGCAUAUUGCUAUUUUGGUGGUUACCGUCUCAAAAACGGUAAUGCCUCUCAUCGUAAUCUUCAGGUAGUAGAUUCAAUUACUCGCGUUCGUCUCCUUGAAAAAUUACCCAGUUAUAAAACUAAAGAAAUGGAACGCAUGCUGCAGGGUAUCGAUGAAACUGACAAAUCAACUCCGCGAAGUGAGAAUAAUGACAGAUCAGCACAAGAAUCGAGAAACACGCGAUCUUGUCGGAUGGAAAGCUGUUUUGACUUCACCAAAUGCUAUGGAGAAUUUCUAGUAUAUGUUUAUCCACCAGAGCCGUUGAAUUCCUUAGGUGCGGCUCCUCCUAUAUCCGCUAAUUACCAAAAGAUUUUAUCCGCAAUUCGAGAGUCGAGAUAUUAUACAUUUCAACCGGAUCGUGCGUGCCUGUUUGUGCUAUCUAUUGACACACUUGAUCGAGAUUCUUUGUCGAAUGAUUACGUGCGAAAUGUUCCAUCGAGACUUGCACGCCUACCUUACUGGAACAAUGGCAGAAACCAUUUAAUAUUCAAUUUGUAUUCUGGAACGUGGCCCGACUACGCUGAGGAUUCUCUUGGCUUCGACCCAGGUGAAGCUAUUCUUGCAAAAGCUAGCAUGAGUGUACUUCAUAUUCGUCCUAAUUUCGAUAUAAGCAUACCGCUGUUCCAUAAACAAUUUCCACUUCGUGCGGGCGGAUCUGGCUUAGUUCAAACAAACAACUUUCCAGCAAAUAAAAAAUAUUUAUUAGCCUUUAAGGGAAAAAGAUAUGUACAUGGAAUUGGCUCUGAGACACGCAACUCAUUAUUUCAUUUGCACAAUGGACGCGACAUUAUUCUGGUCACUACGUGUCGACAUGGAAAAAGUUGGCGGGAACUUCAAGACGGCAGAUGCGAUGAAGACAAUCGCGAAUAUGACAAAUAUGACUAUGAGACUUUAUUGCAAAACUCGACGUUUUGUUUAGUGCCCCGUGGAAGACGAUUGGGAUCAUUUCGGUUUCUAGAAGCGCUACAGGCAGGUUGUAUUCCUGUUUUGCUUUCGAAUAGCUGGGUGCUACCUUUUGAGUCCAAGAUCGAUUGGAAAGAAGCUGUCGUGUGGGCCGACGAAAGAUUAUUGCUACAGGUCCCCGAAGUAGUUCGCUCUAUAUCAUUGGAACGAAUUUUGGCAUUACGACAGCAGACGCAAGUACUUUGGGAACGUUAUUUUGGAUCUAUUGAAAAAAUUGUCUUUACUACAUUUGAGAUAAUCCGCGAACGCUUACCAGAUUACCCGAUUCGCAAUACAUUUGUAUGGAACAUAUCGCCAGGUGCUCUUCUAACGCUUCCAACAUUUGCUGAUAGCUCUAGGUAUAUGCCAUUUUUAUUGGAUUCCAUGGGCGUUGAGCCCCGUCACAAUUAUACGGCUGUCAUUUAUGUACAAAUUGGUUCAGUAUUGGGCCCAAAUACUGCGUUAUACAAGUUAAUCAAAACUAUUUCAAAAAGUCAAUUCGUAGAUAGGAUUCUGGUCCUGUGGGCGGCUGAUCGUCCUAUUCCUUCAAAGAAAAGGUGGCCUACAACCUAUCACAUACCAUUCCAUAUAAUAACAUUAAGUGGCUCAACCAUUGGAAAAUCAUUUCGUUCAAUGAAAACUGAUGCUGGUGAAAAGUUCUUUAAUGGUACCAUAAUUUCCGUGGGAGCUCCAUCUAAUCAAGAUCCGAAGCAUAUUAGAGAUGAAACUUUAGAUCCCUUUGAUGAGCGUCCAAGCAUAUCACAGCGUUUUUACCCUUACCCUGAAAUACAAACAGAUGCGGUACUCUCUCUGGAUGAAGAUUCAAUACUCAAUACAGACGAAUUGGAUUUUGCUUAUACAGUUUGGCGAGACUUUCCGGAUCGUAUUGUUGGUUAUCCCGCGCGAGCCCACUUUUGGGAUGAUUCAAAGAAUGCUUGGGGCUACACAUCCAAAUGGACUAAUUACUAUUCUAUAGUUUUGACUGGAGCAGCUUUCUAUCAUCGAUAUUACAAUUACUUGUACACUAAUUGGCUGUCAUUAUUGCUUCUUAAGACUGUACAGCAAUCAUCCAAUUGUGAAGAUAUCCUAAUGAAUUUACUGGUAUCUCAUGUAACGAGAAAACCACCGAUUAAAGUGACACAGCGCAAAGGGUACAAGGAUCGUGAAACAGGGCACUCUCCUUGGAAUGAUCCGGAUCAUUUCAUACAGCGGCAAAGCUGCCUAAAUACAUUUGCAGCAGUUUUUGGUUAUAUGCCACUGAUACGUUCAAAUCUACGUCUCGAUCCGGUAUUGUAUCGAGAUCCGGUGUCUAAUCUACGUAAGAAGUACCGCCAAAUUGAGCUGGUUGGCAGCUAGCACUACAUAAGCACAAACUAUAAAACUAAGCUUAAAUAAAUUGAGUUUAUCAGCCACAAAAAUUUACAUACAUAAUUGUAUUUUAAAAUACAUAUGGAAAGCUAUAAGAGUAGUUACAGGUUUACAAAUCAAAUGUAUUUAUUGCAAUGAUAGAUGAACAGUUAAAGUUGUAGCUUGCGACUUAAUGAAUAUAAGAAUGUAAUUGUAAUUCCACCAGGUUUAAAGAAUUGCAUAUGUAUUUACAUAUGUAGAUUGUGAACGAAAAAAGUGUCACAACCAAAUAAAUUAGUAAGGAGUUAUUUGUAUGUAAAAUGCCAUUUAUGAUAAGUCACAGCCACAAUAAUUUAGAUUCUGUAAUUAUAAUUAUAAGAUGUUAUAAGUUAACAAGUGAUGAUGUUGAUGACGACAUGACACAGUGGUGAUUACUUUAGGUCGCUAUUUUUACAAUAUGAAAAACUAUAAUAAUUUAUAAAUUUUAGUUAAAUUUUUUUAAUGUAUAUAAAUAUAUAUUGACAUGUAUAUGUAUAUAUAUGUAUGUAUAUAGAAGUGUAUACAUAUAUGUAUAUGAAAGUGUAUAAAUAAAUUUGACACUAAUCACACUCGC